AUGCGCUCCCCCACCCACCUCCUCCUUCCCCUCCUAACCCUCACCCUCACCAACACCGCCGCAGCCCAACAACAACAACGACAACAACAACAACAACAACAACAACAACAAACUCCCCUCCUCCCACCCCACCAUCCUCUGCCCCGCCCCAUCCACCCCCGCCCCCACCACCUGGCCCGGCUACGCCUUCACCCUGCAAUACACGCUCAACUACGACUUCCUGUCGUCGCAGCCCGCGGCCGCCGCCCAGAUCUGCCAGGCGAGCGGGUCGAUAGUGGACUACGCGGUGGGCUCCAGCGCCGAUUCAGCGGCAUUCACGUGGGGCAUGGAGGCGGUGUCGGACGAGGUGGCGGCGGGGCUGGGGUACGUGGCGGCGACGCUGGUGGUGCGGGCGCCGUGGGGUUUGCUGGAGGAGUUGAAUGA